AUGGCAGCGCUGCAGGAGAAGAAGACGUGUGGGCAGCGCAUGGCCGAGUUCCGACGCUACUGCUGGAAUCCCGACACCGGCCAGAUGCUGGGCCGCACCCCAGCCCGCUGGGUGUUGAUCAGCCUGUAUUACGUGGGCUUCUACGUGGUGAUGACCGGCCUGUUCCUCCUGAGCAUGUACACGCUGCUGUGGACGCUCGACCCCUACACGCCCGACUACCAGGACCAGCUCAAGUCCCCGGGGGUGACCUUGAGGCCCGACGUGUAUGGGGAGCACGGUUUGGACAUCGCCUACAACAUCUCGGACCCCAGCUCCUGGAGUGGCCUGGUCCAGACGCUGCACAGAUUCCUGGAAGACUACACUCCCGAGAUGCAGAAGAACAGCAGGGAAUGCAGUUUCGACCACUACUACAUCCAGGAAAGCUUCGAGGGGCCAAACCACACCAAGUUCUCGUGCCGGUUCACCAGAGACAUGCUGGGGGCCUGCUCUGGCCUCACUGACCCCAAGUUCGGCUACGACGAAGGGAAGCCAUGCUUCAUCCUCAAGAUGAACCGGAUCGUGAAAUUCUUCCCUGGCAACAAGACGCAGCCCAGGGUGGACUGCAGCUUUGUGGAACAGCCCCACGAGGACCUGCGGCCGCUGCAGGUGGACUAUUUCCCGCCCAACGGCACGUUCAGUCUGCACUACUUCCCCUACUAUGGGAGGAAGGCCCAGCCCAACUACCACAACCCCCUGGUGGCGGUCAAGCUCCUCAACAUCCCACGGAACAAGGAGGUCGUCAUCGUCUGCAAGGUGCUGGCAGAGUUUGUGACCUUCGACAACCCGCACGAUCCCUACGAAGGGAAGGUGGAGUUCAAGCUGCAGAUCCAGGAGCAGAUCCCCGGCACCUCCACCCCAACGCGGGGGGAGCUUUAG